GUUUAAAUGCGCUAGUUUGAUUCUAUAUUGCCUCUUGGUAUAUUUAAGCACAAAACACGAAUAACUUUUCCUGCUGGAAACGAAAUUUCGGUGAAGUGAAGACAUAAACAUUACCAGCUUACACUACUUACAGUAGACAGCCCUUCUAUACCAUAUUAUUAUUAUAUAAUUUAAUAGUUGCCUUCUGUGAAAUUUCGUAAGGUUACAAUAUAUUUAAAUCAGUUAAUGGUACUCGAAAGCAAAUAUCUUUAAUGAAACGAUACCGAUACAAUUUUUACGUUUAAGUUUAAGCUGCAUUUGACAUUUCCCAUUUUAAACUUUAAGUUUAAGUGCUGUUUACCCUCACUAAAACUAACAGUCCAACAGUACUAACAGAGACUACACUGAUAGUGUGAAUCAAUGUGAUACUGACACUCUGUGACAGUGUCUUUACCGUACACUACUAAAACUAACACUUCACACUCAAUUAGUCUUAGUCUUAGUGGUAGUGUUAGUUACAGUUAGUUGAGUUAGUGAUAGUGAUAAGUUAUAAGUUGAUUCAGAUAAAUCAUGAAUGUCAUGUCUAAGUGAUAUAAGUCAUAUAAUCAAUAAAACUUUUAUUAAAUUAAUAUUUUUUUAGCACCGGUAAUUAUAGGCUUAUAUUCUAUAGGUCUUUAGGCUUUAGGCUUAUACAAAUUGUGUAGGUUUAAGUUAACUUUUUGUUUGUUUAGAAAGUGUAAUACUAAGUUUCUAAGACUUAGGACUUAGUCUUAGUGUUAGUAGAUUAAUUGUUACCCCUCUACCCAAAACUACUGUCCUUUAUUGUAUAAUUAUGUACAUUUACUUACUAAACUAUUCUUUUGAAUUUUCUUUUAUCAUUUCGCCUAAGUUAAUAAGUGCCCCUUAGAAUUUAGAAAUUUGUUAUUUAUUAAUUCAUUUAAAAAAAAAAUAUUACUAACAAGAUAAUUUACUCACUAACUCAAACAUACUGUUAAAGAGUAAUUAAAACUAAGACUAAAAAAGGGGCAAGUGCUCUUACUGCUAAGGGGUUUGCAUUAAUUACGUCAACAAUUUUUAAGCAAUUUUUAAACACCCCCCCCCUCCCAACCUCACCACCAAUUGCCAAUAGUAAAAAACUGACAAACUUUCAAUGACCCCCGCCCUAAGCAAUUAUAUCAACAUUUUAUUUAAACCCCCCCCCCCCCUUGAAUUAUAAUAUAAAUAAAUAUAUAAAUACAUUUUAGUUUGUGCUGAUCUAUUUUAAUAACAAAAAAUUGUAAGAAAAACAUUUUAUUGCAUCUUUAGCUUAUUAAUCAAGUUAAAACGUUUUUACACUUAAAUUUUAUAAUGCAGAAUCAAUGAAAAGAUUGUUAAAGACUAAAUAUCAUUGUUUUUGGAAGUAUAAAAAUUAUUAUUGUCAGUCUAGCUGACAAUUGUAGCAUAGUUUCUAGCUGCUAUCAUCUUCCCAGGGAGUAGCCAGGUGUUGCUGUAUCGUAGCUGUAUCGUAACAAUGAGCAUAGUAGUUGAUUUAUCAUUUUCAUCUUGCAGGAUUGAUAUACCAGACAACUCAACAUCAUCCUCAUCUUACCAUUCAGCACUUAAAAUAGAAGUAUUGUCAGUGUGAGCAAUAAUUGCCAUAAGCUCUCCUGUCUCCUGGCAGCUACAUGCAUUAGUCGAAUCCUUUUCUGUUGAGGAGCAGGUGGUAAUUUCUUUUGCUCAAGAGGGCAUUGUUGGUGCAGUUUCAUAUGCAGAACAUGCCUUGUGAUGCAAAAUAGAUGUUACAGAUUUUGCUAAUUCUUUCAAGCAGCAAUUUUAAAAUUAUUGUUACCCACUUUACUUUCCCCUAAUUCUCAAAAUAUCUUAUUCCUACUCCAUCAAUAUCAUUUAUCUUGACUGCACAUGACCUUAAUAAUAUUAAAACUAGUCAUAGUAACUCAGUAAGAUUAAGAAGUGUCUUUCUUAAUGUGUUCUUAAUCAAACUUAGUGAAGUCUAAAAGGCUAAGUUAUAAUAUAUAGGCCUAGUGGUGUAGCUAGGGAGGGUGCGGGCCACACUGGGUGACAACAUCUCAGGGGUGACACGUAAAUUUUUCACACAUGUAACCAAUCCAUUUAUUAAAAGUGCAAGGUUGAUGGGUCAGAAAAACACAGUUUUGACCAUGAUUCAAAGCCGAUUGAAGUGUUCAGUAACUUUCGAAAGUGACAGGAAGCUAGAGUUAUCUAACUUCUGAGAAAUAAAGCUUUCCAUUGAUUCCAUAUACGAUGUGGUCAGGCGUUUCUAAGUACAUGAAUCAAAUCGGGGACCAACCUAGAGGCCUUAAAAAAAUUGUUUCUGCACAAGAAGUGCUGUCACUUGGUGGAACAUGCUUUUAAAAUCAGACCACUUCAAAAUGGACUUUCUGUAGAGAGAAGAUUAAGGUUAAAGAAGAGAAUGGCAGGAGAACAAUUAAUAGAUGCUGGACUCUCUCUGUGAGAAGAAAACAGAAGGGAGAUGCGGGGGUGUAUUAAUCGCUUUCAUUUUGAAUAUCAGAUCAUCAGUGAUAAAGGAAGUAGCAGAUAUGUUUAUGGCUGUUCAACCCAAGAGACUACUAUCAGCAAGUGAAGAAGAGUUAUUGGUGUCCGUUCCAAAAUUAACCUCUUUCUAUGAUGAGAUAUCUAAAGAUAAACUUUUAAAAGAAAUACCAAGGCUUAGAAGGCAACUGAUAUUGAAUUUCACAAAGUCAUGGACUCUUUCAAUAUUUGAUGUUGUUUUGAAAUUCAUAGCAGAAUGGGACUUCCUAGAAUCUCUUCCAACACUCUCAUUUAGUCUUCAAUUGUUUCUUAUGAUCUGUGUGUGGCUUCUUGUGAGCAGAGCUUUUGAAAACUAAGGCUUAUCAAAAUUUUUUAUGAUCCUCCAUGGGACAGUCAAUGCUUUCUGAUCUGGCUCUACUAUCAAUUGAAAGUGAUAGGGUGAAGGAUAUUGAUUGACAGAUAUGCAGCUCUGAAGACCAGGAAAGGAAAAUUUAAAUAAAUUAAUUUAAUUUAAAAAUAACUAUAACUUAAAACGUGUUACAGUUCUUAAAUACAUUACCCCUUGACCUUCAUUUAAUUUGUUUUUGUUCUGAUCAUUAUUAUACCGUUGACUUAUUUUAAAAAAGAAGAAAUACAUGGUGGGAGGGGGGGGGGGGGGUGAUGACACCGGGUGACCACAAACCUAGCUAUGCCAUUGCAAAGGCUCACUUAUUGUCAUUACUUUUUAACUUAGUCAUCGUUAGAAUAAGUAGGCCUAUUCUUUAUAGGAAAAAACUACAUUUAACAUUUAAAUUAAUAAUCAAGGAAGUAAAGAAUUUGAAGCUACCUAGCCAAAAUAAGCCUAAAAUAUUAUAUCUAAUGACUAUACUGUACUAUAUAAACUAAAUUACAUAUAGAUAUAUAAAAUGGUAAAGUGUAGUAGUGAGUGUAGAUGGCUGUACUUAAACUUAAUUAAAUGUAGGCCUUAUUUAACCCAUUUUUUCUGUUUUAUUCACUAAAAAUUAAAGUCAGCAGCUGCAGGCUCAUUUUAGCAGAAUACCUCUCAGUGGGGACAUUUUAUUUUCUAUGAAGCUUUUUAAAUAAUUCGACAUGAUGCCGGUGACAGGUGAAUUUGAUGGUAAUUUACUAUUUAUUAGCCUAAUUAAUUUUUUUUUUAGCCUGCAUUACAUAAAGUUAAAUUAGACUAAUUAAAUUAGGUAAAAAAAAAUACAUUCUAAUUAUAAAGUUUUAUUAGGCUUUAUAACUAUCACUUAAUCCGUUAAAAAAAAAUAUUUUUUUAGAAGAGUUUUCAGAAGGCCAUAUUGACUAUCGACAAAAGUACAAAGCUCUGAAAAAGAAAUUGCGGCUCCUAGUUUAUGUAAGUGUAGUGGCUAUGGCAAUAUAAUAUACGUCAAAGAUAUUUAUUUGUUAAAUUUAUUAAAUUUAAAUGUUGUAUUCAUACAUAGGUGAGUGGAACAUUUGUUUUACAUCUCAUAUUUGAUUUUAGAAUGUAGGCCUAAAUGUUAGACAUGUAAAAUAUUUUUUCAUCUUAAAUAUCUUGAAUAUUAUAACAAUUACAAACUUUUAAAGUGCUUUUUGGUUGUUAUAAAAUAUUGGUGAAAGUGUUUUAAAAUACAGUGUGCUAGAUAUAUUAUAUAUGUAGUAUACACUAGCUGGGGCAAUGCAACAUGGGCAACCAUGUUGCAUGUGUACAUUACGAGAAGAGGUGACUAUAAGAAUAAUUCCAGAUGUUAGUCCACAUAUCACAAAUGCUUAAUUGUAUUGACUAUAUGUAGUGUGGUUAGUGACAGGUACUAAUGCUGUUUUCUUUGGGUAUUGACAUUGAUUGGUUUUAGGUUUUAGUAGGGUAUUUAACCGUACUGGCACCAUUCUAACAUUAAAACAGGUACUUUGGAAUCAGGGAAGGGCUCCCUGUUAAAAUUCAAUUUUGAUUCAUCAAUUUUUAAUUACUAAUUUGAACUUUAUUUUUUAGGAACAAGAAUGCUUUCUUGGUGAAUUGAGAAAGGCUCAAAGGAAACUGUUGAAGGUUUCUAGAGAUCGUAGCUUUCUGCUGGAUCGUUUGUUGCAGCAGGAAAAAAUUGAAGAUUCAUCUGGAGAAUCGGAUGCAACAAAUUCAACAGACACAGAAGAUGGUGGUCAUCAUAGAGAACCUGGUCCUACAAAAAAGUAAAACACCACAUCCUGUCUUUUUUUUAAAAUAUACUAACAACCCUACAAAAUGAAUUAAGUCAAUUUGACAUGUCAUUGAUUGGCAUAGCUAAAGAUAAUAAAGCCUCUUCUGUUAAGUCAUAUGUUUAAGAAAAUUUUUAUUCAAUUACAUAUGAUUAUCAUAAUGUGAAUGUCAUCACACUGGUGCCAUAUUUAUAUAAAGCAAUUAUUGAUCAUCUGUGAAGAAGAUGUCUUUGUUAUGAUCUAAAAUUUGCAAGAAUUAUUCACAAUGAAGUGGCUAAAAUACUAAAAUGAAGCAAAGAUUAAAUUUUUCAUCAUAGUUUAUAAUAUAUGCCAUGAUCAACUUACGGCAUAGAAUGGAAUAAUAUUGAUUAUUUAAAUAAAUGAUAAAUAAAUCUUUUCAUGGAGCUGUUGUUGGGAUUUCAUGUAUUAAAAAAAGAUGCAGCAUUCAUUAGAAUCUGUUUUGUCUAUUGUAACUGAAAAGAUUUGAGCUCUUCUGUGAUGAAACAUUGGAAGAAGAACUAAGUUUUAUGCUAAUGCUUAAGUGGUUUAGACUGACUAAAAGCAAUAAUUAAAUUAGUAUACAAAGUCAUACUUAUUAAGUGAUGUGAUUAAAUAUGAAUUAAAAAUGUUUCAGGCGCAAACUUGGAAGUCAGCCGACAUCUGCUGCAGAUUUAGCACACAUUCUCUCAAGCUCAGCAAAACACAAUUCGGUCAGUAGGUAUACAUGCCCUUUAAAAAAAUAUUUGGAUGACUUGUGGUGUCACCUUAAUUAAUUGCUUUUUUAAAUUUUUUAAAAUUGUUCUCUUUUGUCCCAGAAAUCUUUAGUGGACCCGUCUUGAGGCAGUAGUUUGGGUUGCCCCAGCAGAGAAUCUAUUUUUCUUUUUCAGAUUUUAGCCAAUAAGGUUGUUAAGUUUCUCAUGUUUUGUGUGGUAAUGGUUGGGGGGAGUGGGCACAGACACUUAAGACAGGUAUUUCGACAGGGCUGAUCCCCCCUGAAGUAGACCAGUUUAACCAAUGGGCUGUCAAGACAGAAUCUUCACAUAUUGGACAGUUACUUGUUGAUGUAAGAAUACCAUAGUGUUAAUCAAAUUUAAGUUAUCUCUAAGCAGUAUUUUUUAUGUGAUGCUCAUGGACAAGUGUUGUUUUAUGGUAAAAAAUCUCUGUGAAAAUGCAUCGCCAGCUUCCAUCAAUGUACAAAUGUUAACUGCGAAGUUCUGCACUUUACAAUAAUUUGCUUAAAGUAAGCUUUUUGACAUACUUUCAGGGAGGUGGUGAAUCUCAUAAUGUCAGCAAGAAAAAGAGCAAAGGUUCUGGCAAAAAGAGCAGUAAAGCAAGUAAGUAAAAAUAAUUUUUUUUUUUUUUUAAAAAUUCACAUGAAGUUCUAGUCUGAUAGCCAUUAUUUAAAUGUUUCAGUUGUCAUACCAUCUAUUACACAAGCCAAUGAUACUGUAGGUUUGUGAAAUGUUUAGUUUUGCCAAGGCCACAGUUCUCCACAUUUGGGUCUUUUUUUAGUGCCUGAAUUGAUAAAAUCUGGAUGUAACACCAGCAGGAGGCAUUUUUAUUUUUAUGAGUACUAUAAACCAACAUUUCCCAGUCACUAGUGGGGUGGAGUGAGUGUGUUACCAAAUACAUUUAAAAAAUUCAAAUUUUACACAGUUCGCCAGCAUCUGUUUCAUAAUGGAACUCAGGUAAAUACAAAAAUGGGGUGCCAUCAGAUCAGGAUGUCACCUGAGCAGGUUGCCAUCAGAAUAGGUUGCAAAUAGAACAUGAGCACCAGAACCGACAGACUAGUAUGGAGGAGGUGAAGACAAUGGCAAGGAAGCAAUCAAGAGAUGCCGGACUCACUUAACAAGAAGAAAACAAGCGGGUAUUGAAAAGUUUUCUUUCUGAACUCUAGAACUAGAACAGAUGAAGAACCCUGCAGAUAUGUUUUGGGCUCUUCAAGGUUAAGAAUCUACUAUUGGUGACUGAAAAAGAGCUACUGGUGACAGUUCCCAAACGUUCUAUGAUGACUUAUCUGAAAUUGAACUUUUAUUGGCGAAGGCACCUGAAAGCAGGAAAUAUUAAUCUCGACAAAGCCAAGGACGGGUCAGUAUUUGCUGUUUGAAAUUCAUAGCUGAAUAUGCCUAACUAUAAUCUCCCCCCCCCCGCCCAAUCCGCUCAUUAAUUAAACCUACAACUAUUUCUUAUGAUCUGUGGGUUUAUGUGAGUGGAGCUUUUCCAAACUGAAACUUGUAAAAAACCAUUUUUACCAGGCUUUCUGUUCUUGAAAUUUCGCAAUCGAAAGGGAUAUGGUGAGGAAUGUUGAUAAAGUGAUUGACAAGUUUGAAGACCAGAAAAUGAAAGUUUUAAAUGACAAGUUAAAAACUUUAAAUAAUAAGUAGUUUUGUGUCAAUUUUUAAAUGGAUGUGGUGUUAUCUCAGAUUAUAUUUUUUCUUCUUCUUACAUCUUUUGUUCCUCUAGGACUUUUUAAAUUUUACAAACAAUACUGUAAGCCUACAAUGGAUUCCGAAUGAUCUGGUUAAGAAUUAUUUGGUACAGGUCGUGGGGGUGGGGGGGGGGGGAGAAGCACCAGGAGUUUACUUCUUUUGGUGACACCACCCUUAGUGGCGCCUCCGUGUCGCCCCUUUUAAAAAGUAAAGAUUUUUUAAUUAUUACUUUUAAAGAGUUACAGUUACAGUAACAGAGCUGUGUUUUUUCGAAUGGCAUAAAAUCCUUCAUUAAUUGUGCCUGGGGGAUAAAGAAUUUUUGGCAGGGGGUUUUCAAGAAUUAACUAAAGGUAACAUAUUUAUUAUAUGUGACCUUUUUUCUGGAGCAUACACAACCGGUUUGUAUCCAUACACUAUAUUGGCUGAUAUUUCGAAAUUCAGCUAGGGUGGCUGAGGUGUUCUGGCUGCUAAAGAAAAGCUGCCCUAUGAGUUCAUCAAAUGUGUUGCGCCCCUAUUUGGCCCAUCAACCAUCAAUAUUUUUUAACAUAUGCAACUUCUGGUCAGGAAUCACACGUGCUACAACUCUGUACAAGGCUGCCCACUUCUGUUAAUUAAGUCAAUCUGCAAUAUCAGAGCUGCUGCUUGAGCUAAAAUUUACACACAACUUUUGCCGCAGACAGCUGCCCAAUUUAUAUGUUGAAUUUUAGUUCGAUAAAUCAUGAUUUUUUUUCCACAAUUAAUACAUCAUUUUUUCCUACAACAAAGACAUGAUUUUUUACCCACAAUAAAGACAUGAUUUUUUACCGAAAUUAAAGACAUGACUUUUUACCCACAAAGACAACCAGAAGUCUACAGCAGUGAAGCUUGAGUCUCCUGGCCAAAUGACUAGAGAAGAACUAGAACGCCAUCUGGAAUCAAAACGUCAUGAAUUUGGUAUAGAGAAGGCCACUGCCUCAUUGCCAAUGGAAAUUUUCAGCAAUGAUCCAAAUCAAGAAAGGUGGGAUUUGUAAAAAAAAAAAUAAUUUAAUUGAAAUUUAUCUUUUUAUUUUAUAGUUAUAGCGUAGUAUAAUAAAAAUUCUACAUGCUAAAGAAAACCUCAGCUUCAAACAGUUGAAAAUUUCCUUAUUUGCUUGGUUGACAUUUUCAGUUAAAAUGUGAUUAAAAUUUUUUAAAAUAAAAAAAUAAACUGUUUAAUAUUUGUAUAUAUAUUUUUUUUAAAAUAAUAAUGCGAUAAUGGAUUCCACCUGUGGGUUUAUUAUCAAUUUUACUUAUACCAAUUUAAAUGGCACAGUAAAUUUUUCGUCACAGAGUACCAAUUUUUAAUUUUUUAAAAUUAAAUUGCCAUAACAUUUUUUAGUUACUGAAUUAUAAAUUAUUUUAUAAUUUCAAAUAUUUUUUUAGUUAUUACUUUUUAAACAUUACAAUUUUAAUUCAAUUACUGGUAUGUAAAAGUAAAAUCUCUUGAGUUUAAAAUAAUUUAAGCCUUACUUUUAUCUUCUGUUCCAGUGACCCUGGAGCUGAUGGAGGAGAGGAAGAUGAAGAUGAUCUUGUCAUAGAUGUACCACAUUAAACUCAUUUAUGUUGUCAAUAUUAUGGUUUAUCUUGCUGGAAUAUCUCAUUCAUGUUUAUAUUAUACAAUUUUACUAAAACAAAUCAGAUCCCAUUGUUGACUUUUAUUUUUUAAAUUCUGUUUAAAUCUUGUAGUGUAUUCCAUCAACUUUCAGAAGUAUAUUGCCUUCAUCUCUUAUUUAUCACCUAAGCAAAAUUAAAUGAUUUUUAGAAGUUUUCUUUUUAUUUCCUUGGGUCCGUUUUAAGUUUAACUCCAUCCACCUCUAUUAUAAGGCUUAAUAUGAAGGCCUUCUAGUAUGUCAUAAAAAUAAAGCUUCAAAAAAUGUUCCUCUAUACUUAU